UUCGUUGAUAUAUACAUAGUACAACUUCAUAUUUGAGCCAGUGGCAUUGGUUGUGAAUCUAAGUAAAACAAAAGUUGUAUUUCUCAGCUUUAUCAAAAUAUCAUCUGUUCGAACUGCUGAGACGAAUAAAAAUAGGAUUGACUUGUGUUUAUAUUAUGCACAAAUUAAGGGGAAAUCAAAAAGAGAAGGUUCGUCAGUUCAUGGGCUUUACACAAGCCAAUGAGAAAACUGCAAUUGCUUGUUUGACCCAGCAUGAUUGGAGAUUAGACAUUGCAUCUGACCGUUUUUUUCAAAAUGCUGAGCUAUACUUCCGGGAUUCCCAGCCUAGGCCUGUCCCUGUAGACUGGAAGAAGAUAGAACAACUUUUCGUCCAGUAUAGAGACUCCAGUGAACAUGAUAAAAUUCUUGCAGAUGGAAUUAUGCAUUUCCUUGAGGAUUUGGGUUUAAGUCCAGAUUCUAGACUGGUAUUGCUGCUUGCUUGGAAAUUCAAAUCUUCUACACAGUGUGUAUUUACAAAAGAAGAAUUUGUUAAUGGGAUGACUGAAAUGGGGUGUGAUUCAAUAGAAAAAUUGAGAAUGAAACUACCCACUCUUGAAGCUGAAAUUCAAGAUGCAAUAAAAUUUAAAGAUGUUUAUCAAUUCACCUUUAAUUAUGCUAAAAACCAAGGCCAGAAAGGAUUGGACUUGGAAAUGGCUAUUGCUUAUUGGAAUAUCAUUCUACGUGGCCGCUUUAAAUUUCUGGAUUUAUGGUGUUCGUUUUUGCAAGAACACUACAAGCGUUCUAUACCAAAAGACACGUGGAACUUGCUUCUUGAUUUUGCCCAGCUGAUUAAUGAUGACCUUUCUAACUACGAUGAAGAAGGAGCCUGGCCCGUCCUUAUCGACGAUUUUGUGGAGUAUGCCCGUCCUUUAUUAAACCAUUCGGGUUAGCAUAGUUUACUAAAUAGGAGUGUAAAAUUUCACCAACCAAGUAAUGCUUGCAACAAAUGCAAGCUUUGGGACGAUGAUGGCAAAUGUACAAAAUUUAAAAAUA